ACGAGACAGAGUUGAAUUCUGCGAGGCAUUAGCGUCGAGCCCACACACACACAUGCGUCCGCACAGUGGCGGUGACUUCUCCCAUUAUUUCCUAAUGGCGACGCUGUUCGAUGCCUAAACUACAUCACCUCUGCUCGACUUCGAAAAAACGACUAGAAUGGAUGCAGCAGCCCAAGAUGACUAUGCAUUUCACCUCGGCGAGAUGUUCAACAGCUACGAGGAGCUCGAGGAGAAGCUAGAGAAAUUUUCAAAACGCAGUUUGGUCCACUACUGGAGGCGAGACAGCCGAACAGUGAGUGGGGCCCACAUGAAGACAGCGAGACCCAUCAGCGAGAGACUGAAGUAUUAUUCCGUGAAAUACGCUUGCAUUUAUGGGGGCCAGAAGUUCCUCCCCAGAGGUGCCGGCAGGAGGCAAUCCCAAUCAAUCAGAACGAAUUGUCCUGCACACAUCAUGCUGAGGGCAUCGAAGGAUGGGAACAAACUCGAAGUGACGAGUGUCAAUAAUGAGCAUAAUCACGAGAUAUCUGAGGAACUGUUUAAGCAGCUUCCACAGGAGCGAAAGCUCUGUGGAGAGAUAAAACAGGAAGUCCAGGACCUCAUGCAGCUGCACAUCGACCGCAAGAGGCUCAAGGAAUACGUGAGACUGCGAACAAAUAAAAUCCUGAGGUCCAAAGAUUUGUUCAACAUUGCUGCAGCCAACAAGCAGAAACGAGACAUCACCCCAGAGCGAGCUUACCAGCUCUUCAAGAGGAUUCACGACCUGGAGAAGGCACAGGGAGGCAAGAGGAUGUAUCCAGAGGCUGAGGAUGAAAUUGCUCAGAGAUUGAAGAAGCUGAAGAAGGAUGUUCAUUCGCCCUGGGGGCAAGAUGGCCUGUCAGCUGAUCUCGAGAUAAGCGAGGGAAACGACGGAGAGGACUCCUACAGUGCGCAAUUGACCCAGGAGGAAGUGGCAGAUGACAUCGACACGACUGAGGGAGAACUGCUGAGGGCGAACAACGAAGGGAACAUCAUCACCCCCAACGGCCAGAUUGUCGGCGAGCUAGUGAUGGACGAUGGCGACCCUUCCGUCAUCGUGGAGUCAAUCGUCAAUGCUGAUGGAUCUGUGUUCGUGGACGAGAGGGAGUUCAACAGCUACUGCGACAACCACCUGGGGCAUGACAGUCGUUCCUCAGGAUCUCAGGGAUCCCAAGUUCUGGACAUUGAGACAAUUUCGACUCCCGCAGAAAUCCAAAAAAUCACAAAAGCCUCGGCCCCUUCGAACCCCCACCUCCUGUCAGACCCCCUCUCCCCCUCGAGUUCAAAAUCCCCUCCCAUAGACGAGUGCCAAGACACAAAAAUCUGGAUAAUGAAGGCGGCCUCGACCAUGCACCCCGAGAUGGACAGUGGCCCCGAGGGCGAGACCUCGAGAAAUCCAAAGAGCAUGAUGACAGAGAUGACCCCAGACGUGUCGAACGUGGAGGUGUUCGCAGGCGAGGCGAGCCACCAGCUGUUGCUCGAGCAGCUGUCAGUCCUGCGGGCUGAGAAGGGCAAACUCUUCCAGGAGACGGAGAUGCUGAAGCUGAAGAAGGACAAGCUCAAGCUGCAGAUCGACUGCUACACGAACGAGAUGAAGAAGCAGGAGAUGGAGAAGGAGAAACUCAGGCUCGAGAUCAAGCUGCUGCAGUCGAAGGUCGUUGAUGAUACUGGUGACGUCUCCCACUACAUCUUCGUGCCUUGAGAGGACUAAACUCGAUAUUCAUCAGUUUAUUCUGUCCCCUAACGAUUGGGGACUUGCAGGGCAAUUUUUUAAUCAUUAAAUAUGAAAAUUGGAGAAGAAUAUUGCACCAUCUCUUCAUUUCGAUGAACAAUAACGGAUUUUUCGUUGGUUUUCGGAAUUCAAAAUGAGUAGUCAAUAUUUUUUACGAGAUUUUCGUAUUUAAGAAGUUUGGUUAAUGAAGAAAAUUAGUGAUGGAAACUGUAAGUGAGGGCAGUGAUCAGUGGGUCGAAGAGGGGGAGCAGAAAAUACCAUUUUUUUUUCUACGAAACGCUGUUUCUUAUUGCGAUGUGCUUUUUGUUAUUUGAGAGUGAUCCAUAAGUAAAUAAAUUAUUUUCAUUAGAAGGAUUACGCUCCUUUUUGCAUGCUGUGACUGAAUUGAUCAGCUUAUUAUUUUAUUUAUUCGCAAUUAGUCAACAUUAUUAUUCGAUAAAAAAAUGAAAAAUUUCGUUA